UCCCAGAGUCAGUCGGCAACAAGAUGCCUCAGUGGCUGGUCAUCGGCAUUUCGGGUGUCACUUGCGGCGGCAAGACGACCCUGGCCCACAGCCUGCACGAGUAUUUCAAGGGCCUGAGCGGUGCACCGCUGUGGAACUCCCCCUACACUAUUGGAGAUGUGCAGCUAAUCUCCCAGGACGACUACUUUCUGCCGGUGGAGGACAGGCGACACACGCGCAACGAGGCACUGAAGGUGAUCAACUUUGAGCUCCUCACCUCGCUGGACAUGAGCAGGAUGUUGAAUGACAUAGCCCAGAUCAUCAAGGGACGGCACCUGGCUCCCGAGCCAGCCGAGCAGUUGGUCACCUAUGCAAAUUUCGAGCAUUAUGCCCUGCAAUUCCAGCAGCAGUAUCACCAGCACCACUACAAUGCGAACUACUACAAGCAGGGCGGAGCCGUUAACGGUGCCUAUCAGUAUGUGCCUCAGCAGCAGCAGCAGCGCCAGCAUCACCAUCCACAUCCACAGAUCCACCAGCAACAGCAGCAGCAGCUCCAACAGCAGCAGCAGCAUGCGGCCCACAUCAUGCGAUUGAAUGCCCAAUUCGCUGCUCAGCUGAGGGAUAAGAAAAUAAACUUUCUGCUGGUCGAGGGCUUCAUGAUAUUCAACCAGCCGGAGCUGCUGGCUCUCUGCAAUAUCAAGUACCACUUUCAUUUGCCGUAUGAAAAGUGCUUCGAGCGGCGCAGGAAGCGCAUCUAUGAUCCGCCGGACGUUACCGGCUACUUUGAGCUGUGCGUGUGGCCGCACUACGAGAAAAACUUUAGCGAAUAUCGGGACUGCAAGGAAAUUACCUUUUUGAAUGGCGAAAUCUCCAGGGAUAAGAUCUUCAAGUAUGUGCUGCAGCGCAUUGUCCACUACUUCGAAGAGCGCUGCGAUGUCCCAGCGGCAGCGCCGCCCGCAUGUCCGCCACAGCAGAAACGCUUCGGGAUGCUCUACGUGGGAUCGAGCAACAAUAAUGUUUUACCCACGGCCUGCCCCAUGGAGCAGUAGUAGGAAAUAAAGCCUGUAGAUUAGCAAGUGGUUUUAAGUGCAGGAUGCAGAAGGGGCUACAAAUAUUUGGAAUCUGAUCGAUGCCUCGUUGCCAUUUUGCAUCCAUGCUCAAAACCCAAUGUACCUUACCUUAAGGGAUACAUACGAGUAUAUGUAAAACGUUUUUAUUAGUUAGUUUUAUUUCGUAUUUAAGAUAGUUGUUAUGUGGGUGAGAUGUGAUGACAUGGAUAGUCUCUCUCUGUGCGGAGAAUGAUCCGUUGCAGCCGCCAGAUUGGAUUGUGAAUUGUAAAAAUUGAAGGAAACCCGGUUCAGGAAUUCAUACUUUAGCUGUGCUAACUAUUAUAUAACUGUAUUAUAUUACCAUACUUAUGUUUUAUUUUUCUCAUCCCCCGAAAUGCAAUGAAAACCAACUAAAAAAUGGUUCAUUUGGUCUGGGAUUUACGAUGAAUAUAUGUAGAUGUAAAUGCUUAUCUAUGAUGGAUGAACCUUGUACAUAUUUUAGUGUAUAUUUCGCCCCAAGUUUAAAGCUAGCCCCUAAGACGACUAUAAACCAAUAUAACUAUUUUUUCUUGUGCGAAACAAAACACACACACCCACACAUAAUGAAAAUAAAGAAACAUUUAACCAGAAACUGAAAAGAUAAACGAAA